AAGGUGUUCCCUGCUAUAUAACACCUGUGUGUACAGGCACUGGGCUAGCCAAGGGCAUGGGGCAGCAAUGGCAAUGAAGGGGACGCUGCUGCUCUGUGCCUGGCUGGUACUUCUGUGCGGUCUUUGCAGAGCAAGUUUCCAUGGGAAAGAAUUCCUUACGGUCUUCAUGCAAAACUAUGUCCAAAAUGUCAGAGCAGAUUGCAAGCUGUUCAUCACUGGUUACCAUGCCUCCACUAUGGUUACUGUGACGGUGAACAAGAGUACGUUCCGGAGAGUGACACUUGUUGGAGAAGGACAGACGGUGACCGUGCAGAUCCCAGCCUCGGUAGAGAUGUUUGGGAGCCAAAUAUUUGAUAGCAGCAUCCUGAUUCAGGCUGACAAAGACAUCUCUGUCCUGUCAGUUAACUCAAAACCCAAUUCCAUCGAUACCACUGCAGCUACAAAGAGUUUGCUAUCGUAG